AUGAACCCUGUAUUUUUAAUCCUUCAGCUGGUCCUUCUAGCAGGUAAGAACUUGUUUCAAACUAAAACAUUUUUAAUGCAUGUGGCACCAGUGAAACCAAAGUUUUUCUAAUGUUUUUGUCUGUUAAAGCAUAAUAAAGUUAAGAUGAGUGAAAAAAGUUACUAAGCUGCCUCUUUCAUGGAUAUAUUUGUUAAAUCUGCUCAGUGAUUAGUUUGAUUCAUCUAACAAAAAAACUAACUUGCACGUUUUUAUUUACUGUUCUUUACCGGCUUCUUGAUUGACAGGGGCAUGUGCACUCUUUCCAUAGGUCUCCUCAACCUUUGCCUCUCUGUCUCUGCAUGUAAUCACCUGCAUGGUCAUAUUAGGCUGACUUCUUAGUCUCCUGAUCUGAAAGUCCAGAGUCCAACAUGUUGCUGCAAAAUGACCUUCAUUUCAAGGUCCUCUAAAAAAUGAAAGGGGAUCCUGCCCUGGCUUGUGACAGAUAUGUGGUCGAAAGAUUAUGAGAACAUCUCUAUUAGCAAGUUCAAAGCAGUGGCCGGGAUCUUGAAAUGAAUUGCUAAACUUGGAUCCCAAAGUGAGAAUACACAAAUACAUUUGUACAGAACAUUUGUGCUACACAUGUGCACCAGACUUGAGAGCAUGUGUUUGAAAGUGUUUUGUACUACCCAUCCUAGAAAGUCCAAACAUACAUAACUGAUGAUUAACUAUGCAUGUAAAAAAUUAAAAAAUUAAAAAAAUGUAAAGAUCCUGAGAACAACUUUCAGUUUGCAUUUAGGCGCCCCUGUGGUAAACAGCUGACGCCCCUUCUUGAUGAAUCUGUCCUCUACAUGUGUACACAUUAUUUAUCAUUUAGAAAUUUAAUCCUGUUGUAUUUUAACAGUCAAAACUCUCACUAUAUUAAGAGACAAACAGACAGUUGUAGUCACAGUAGUAUUUACAAGUAGUGGUUACAAGCAUAUCAAGUAUACAGAUUUGAUCUAUCUUGACACUGAUGUUCUUGUUUGCUUUUAUGGCUCACACAGAGGCAUCAACAUUAAUUUAAAGUCUGUUUUUUAACCAACAAAAACCUCCACACAGGAGUUUUCAUACUAACAGCACACGAUGUAGAGCAGGGUAGGUUUCAGCCUACUUACAUACGUCAAAAUUAACAAACACAUGCACAUACAUUCACAAACAUCUUGAACACAUGCCACUUGUCACGUCUAUUUUGGACCCAUAUUAAAUGAUCUCACUGAGUAUCAGGUGUUCUUGAGGCAACAUUUUGUUUUGACACAGCGUAAGAGGGUAAUGAUUUUCAAGCGCACUAAAGAGGCACUCUGAGGUGGAGAGAGAGAAGAUAUUACACUAUCUUAUCUAAAUAACCAUGAGUCUGUUUCCUGUGUCUUAUUCUAGGCACCGCCUGGGCCUCCUUAGAUGAAACACGUCUGGUCAAAACCCUCUUCACCGGGUACAACAAGGUUGUCCGCCCUGUCACUCACUUCAAGGACCCGGUGGUUGUGACUGUGGGCCUCCAGCUCAUCCAGCUCAUCAGCGUGGUGAGGUCUCAUGUCACAUACAAUGUCACUCAUCUGUAUUAAGAUUCACUGUCAUCAGCUGUCUAAACAUAUUUCUCUGCACCCACAGGAUGAGGUCAACCAAAUCGUCAGCAGCAAUGUACGACUGAAACAGGUUGGAAACAUACGCUCCUCUUUCCACCAUACACCCUGUGAGCCUCAAACUGUGAUGAUAGAAAUAAUCAGGCAGGAAGAGUGAAAAACAUCCUCAUGUGUCUUCUAGAUGCAAGGGAAUAAAUGACUUACAUUAAAAAAUAACAUCACAGGGCUGAAAAAUUAAGUGAAAUCAGUGAAUAUUUGAUUAUUGAGGAGUAGAAUUCAAUAUAUGCGUAUAAAACGCAGGAUGUUUCUCAGUGACAGGACAGCUGGGACAAGUGAGCUUAAGAAAAUAAGAAAGUCUUCAAUCCUGAUCUUGAAUGUGUUCAUUUUGUUCAGCUCUCUCUGUACCAAAAGGAUUUACUCUUUGUUUAAACAUGUUUAUUUUUACCCACAAAGGCUUUGGUUUUAAAGUGUCGUAAUUAAAUACUUUAAAACCUCAUCAAAAAGGUUUUAACAGAUAAAUAAAAACCAUGCUUUCACUUUGAAGAUGUACCAUCUCAGUCAGCUGUUUUACUUAUGUUUUUGCUUUUCCCCCAUAUUACAUCCAUUUAUAAUAGUUGUCAUCAUUGACUUGUUUCCAUGGUGGUCUUUGUCUGUUUUUCUCAGCAAUGGAAAGAUGUGAACUUGCAGUGGAACCCGGAGGAUUACGGCGGUAUCAGAAAGAUCAGAGUUCCCUCCACUGACAUUUGGCGCCCUGAUCUAGUCCUCUACAACAAGUACGUUAUCGGGCUAUAUUUAAUCCCUGUCAUGACUCUUUUCUCUCGGAGACCUUUUUUUUUCAUUACCUCAGCUCUGAGUGACCUAAAUUAUCCAGACUUAUAGAAACAAUCAGCACACCUGUCAGUGAUGUUUGGGAUCACACUUUCCCAUAUUCCAGUGAGGAACGUGUGAAAGCUCGGAUUUCAUUAGGCUAAAUCUGGACCCUGUAUUGUCCCCCCUUCUCCCACCAUAUGCUGCUUCUGACACACUGCUGUUUUUCCCUGACAACCAUCCCCGCUGCCACAACAACUUGUGCCAAGCUCAGCGCUGGUUGGCUGCGCUGUGCCUAUCCUCAGGCACUGAUGUCCCCCUGCGUUAAUAUUUAACUUAAUUUCUCCCACGCUGAUGUCGCCUGUUUGUCUCUGCCCGCAGUGCUGAUGGUGACUUUGCCAUCGUUCAUGAGACCAAAGUGUUGCUGGAGUACACAGGGAUGAUCACAUGGAACCCACCCGCCAUCUUUAAGAGCUACUGUGAAAUCAUCGUGCUGCAUUUCCCCUUUGACCUCCAGAACUGCAGUAUGAAGCUGGGGACCUGGACGUACGAUGGCAACCUGGUGGUCGUCAAUCCUGUAAUUCAAUUCAAGCCAAUCAUAUACACACUUUUUAGAAAAACAUACUUGCAGCAUCCCCUUUAAAAUUAUGUGUUUUUUUACAUCUUGGAAACUAUAUAUUUUCUAAACCUUUGGAGAAUCACAAAUUAACUUUUUAGUAUUCAAAAAAUGACAACCUCAAAUUAAGUCACUAAUUAUAAUUAUCUUAAGAUAACCCAUUAAAUAUUUCUUUUAAACCAAAUAACUUGAAAUAUAUCUUAAUUAUGCACACAUAGACCCAUAUCUCAUAUAUGAACUACACUGUGAUUCAAAGUGUGCUAGCGUGCUAUGUAGCAACAAUAUAAUAUUAUAACAAAACUACUUCUGUUGGUUAAAGCAAACAAGAAGCAGACUAGCUAGCCAAACAAAAACCUAGCUAGAACUUGGUUACAUUAUUUUUGUAUAAACCAUCAAGUAAUAUAGACGACCAGAUUCUUUCUGAGGGUAAUAUGUGGUCAACAGCUCAAGUUCAAACAACCAUUUAAGAUGCGAUUUCUGGUUUGUCAGAAACAAAGAUGUAAGGGCAACAUAGCUACAUGUUUUCUGGGCAGUUUUGAUGAAUUGUUUAUUCACUAGGAGCACUAACUUCCUGUUUUUUGCCUGAUCUCCUUUUGUACAGCGACCUUGGGUUACCUAUAAGGCGCUAUAUAAAACUAAGUUAUUAUUAUUAUUAUUAAUACAUGAUAAUAAUCAUGGGUCAUUUGCAAUACUUAUUUCUUUAAUGAGAACUGACAAAAUACUGACUGUCUGUUGGUUAAAGCAAACAAGAAGCAGACUAGCUAGCCAAACAAAAACCUAGCUAGAACUGGGUUACAUUAUUUUUGUAUAAACCAUCAAGUAAUAUAGACGACCAGAUUCUUUCUGAGGGUAAUAUGUGGUCAACAGCUCAAGUUCAAACAACCAUUUAAGAUGCGAUUUCUGGUUUGUCAGAAACAAAGAUGUAAGGGCAACAUAGCUACAUGUUUUCUGGGCAGUUUUGAUGAAUUGUUUAUUCACUAGGAGCACUAAUUUCCUGUUUUUUUUUUUUUUUUUAUAUACGCUAACAAAGUAGGAUGAUAUAAAAGAGUUGCAGUCUGCCAGCCUUUAGACAGGGCUAAGAUAGCUGCUCCUCCAUACUUUCAGGCUUUACUUUACUGUAACUUUACUGACCUAAUUUUUUUGAGACAUUGCUUCUUUUCUACUACACAAACUUUUUGAUUACCUGUACAACUUGGACAAAAGCUCUGCAAUGUCUCUGCAUGAUACUUGGCUGCUGAACUAGGUCAGAGUGAUACCAUAAGCGCUACUGUGCAACAUUUCUCAUAUCUUUUUAUUUGGGUACCUCCAAACAAAAUUACACAUUCAGUGUCCCAUCUGCUUUCUAAAGUUGAUGUCCAGUAAUCAGGUAUUGGGUCAAUUCAGAUGGUAAGAUGUGUCUACCAGGUUUAGACAAGGGUCUGUUCAGACAUUACAGUACAAUGACUGCUGAUCAAUCUUUCAUAACCCUGUAUAUUUCUUCUUCUCAAUAGGACAGUGACCGCCCUGAUCUGAGUAACUUUAUGGAGAGUGGAGAAUGGGUGAUGAAGGAUUUCCGUGGCUGGAAACACUGGGUGUACUACGCUUGCUGCCCUGAUACCCCUUACCUGGACAUCACCUACCAUUUCCUCAUGCUGAGGCUUCCUCUGUAUUUCAUUGUCAACGUCAUCAUACCCUGCAUGCUCUUCUCCUUCCUGACUGGACUGGUCUUCUACCUCCCGACAGAUUCAGGCAAGAUGAUGCUCAGUCUGCAGUUUGUCUUUUCCCUUGGAUAUAAGCAGAAAGAAUCUGUUAAUACUGACAGUACAUAAAGAAACAAAUCAGGUAACUGACAGACAAAUAGACUGCUUAACAGAGAAACCUCUACCACAAUAGCCAAACCAUUUGAUAAUGGUAAAUGAUUCAAUGCUUAACAGUGGGCCUGCCCUGAUUAUUCUGGCACAGACAAACAAAACCUUCAAGUAAAUAGGAUAGUCCACUGUAGCUCCUAGACAACAGGGGGACUGUACAAACGAGCCGAGAGUUACUUGGAGAUAAAACUAGGAUAGGACCUGACAGAGAUGUAGGCAGACACAGACUCCAGGUAAAUAUUAGAGGCCGUUGUGGGUCCUACAGAGAAAAAAACAUACAGUACACAAGUCUGCAGAACUUGCCGAGUGUGGAAAUUAACUCAAUUUAACUUGCCCUGCAGAUUAAAUUAGCUCUCUGACUGUUAAAACAGUUAUAUAUACAGGGGUAUUUAAGUGAAAUCAAUACAUCACCAGCUAGUAAAAGCAUUGUAACGAACAAAAAAGUACAUUUUCAGCGACAGUGCAUUUUGUCUGAUUAUAACAAAGAAGACUUGGAAAGAUACAAGCACGUGUUUGACCCUGUUACACCUCAAAGCAGCUGCUACAUUCACUCUUUGUGCUUAGCUCUGCUGUCUUAUUUUCAGCAUGCAGUAUGUGUUCAGCCAGGCAUUUAUCUUGUUAUUGAACCCAGGGAGAAAACAAGUGACCUCAGUUAUACUGUAGCAUUUCCUUAGUAUCUAUCAUAGCUUGCUUUAAAAUAGCUUUGAAACAGUCUAAGGAGAAGUUAUUUUCACACUGCAUAUCCAACAUACGGCACAUGCAAAAGCAAAAAAUUAGAUGACUGAAUUUCAAAAACCCAGAUGUGAGAUCAGCACUCUCAUGUUGGAAAUAUCCUUGCCCCUAAUUCCUCUUGUCAGUCUGAAGUGUCCCUACAUUGCCAGCUACAGGAACUAUGUUGCUUGUGUGCACAUCUGGCCGUGUUCCCAGUGUGUGGGUCUGCCUCAUUACCCAGGGUCCCUCUGUGCUGUCAUGUCUGAAAGCAGGCCUUUGCUUUAAUGUAUAAUACAUCAGUUGAUCCCUGUUUCUGAUAUGACUGCUGACAGGAAAGUGUGGAGGAGAAGCUGGUGCCAAAAGACGCUCUCUCCGGGAUAACUGCUCUCUUACUGAGCAACAAAAACAACAUGUCUUGCAUUUUCCUUCUGAAAUGGUGUCAGAAUCUGUUUACGUGUGCUAUUGUUGGUUUUGGAUACGACAUGAAAAACAGACUUUUUCUCUCUGAAUGAGAUUUUUCUUCACGGGUAAACUGCUUUGGUGGUGUUGUGUAAAUGUUGUUGUGGGUUGGUGAUUGGAAGCAGAGUAUUUUGGUCGCUGAAACAGCUCACCUUUGAGUCAGUGUAAUAAGAUUGUAAUUUGGUGGGUACCAUGACCUGAUUUAGGAACAUAUUUGACCAUCUUUUACAUAACAUUUAGACCAAACAGGGUAAACGGUGCUCUCACAACUGUUACUUAAUAUUACAACACAAAGCCUUCAACAAAGGAACAGCCUGGUAUCAUGGUUGCAUAAUAAAUGGAGGCUUUCCUAAAUUGCACAACAAAUCUUAUUAUGUUCUAUGUCCUCUCCAGGCUGGGAAUUACUGAUCUAUGUGUUGACUGAUCACAAAUGUCCCUUACAAAGCAGCUGCCCACUGUAAAACACUCUGAGUCUUGUGGUAGGUUUCAAACAAAUGUCUAAAAAGUCAGUAAGAGUGUUUUUGUGUCACUCAGGUGAAAAGAUGACCCUCAGCAUCUCCGUCUUGCUGUCUCUCACUGUGUUCCUGCUGGUCAUUGUUGAGCUGAUCCCUUCUACCUCCAGCGCUGUACCUCUCAUUGGGAAGUACAUGCUCUUUACUAUGGUCUUUGUCAUUGCCUCCAUUAUCAUCACCGUCAUUGUCAUCAACACCCACCACCGCUCACCAAGCACUCAUACCAUGCCAGACUGGGUCCGCAAGGUGAGUGAAAAUCACAGAUUAAAUCCUGUUUUCUGACCUUACAGCCUUUCUACUUUAUCUGCGUUACACUUCCAUCUAGUGGUAGAAGUUGAAAAAUAAAUUCUGACAAAUCAAACCAUCCAAAUGUUUUACAUGCAGUACACUGACGAAUCUUUUGUCUCUAUUUGACAGGUUUUUAUUGAAACCAUUCCCAAUAUCAUGUUCUUCUCAACAAUGAAACGUCCAGGAAAGGAAAAGCAGACCAAGACUAUCUACGGUGCUGAUUUUGACAUCUCAGACAUCUCUGGAAACCAAACCAUUCCUGUUCCCUACCAGUCACCCAUGACCCAGAACCCUGACGUCCGCAGUGCCAUUGAAGGAGUCAAGUACAUCGCAGAAACUAUGAAAUCAGAUGAAGAAUCCAACAAUGUAAUCUUCCUUGCACUUGCACACAACAUAUCUCUUUUGUGUUUAAUUAAUGAGCCUUUAUGUGACACGUUGUCUCUGUUUUUUUCCCAGGCUGCAGAGGAGUGGAAGUUUGUGGCCAUGGUGCUGGAUCAUAUUCUGCUGUGUGUGUUCAUGGCUGUGUGUCUUAUCGGCACAUUAGGAGUGUUUGCAGGUCGUCUCAUUGAACUUAGUAUGCUUUAAGGACACAUGCUUUACCUGCUUCUUCUUAGUUUGAGGUGCAGUUUCUGCAUGUUGAAGUCUUGAUUUGUUUGACGUUUGAGGAAUGAUCCUGUUUAUACAAGAUGACAAAUCUGUGUUAUGUUUUCUGACAGAAAGGGUUGUUUUCCUUUUUUUAAGGGAUAUUUGGAUGAAAUUAAAAAGGAAAUUGUUCAGCAAAAUAAAAAUGUCUGACUUGUUUACAGUGAACAACCAAUGUUACUGAAUCAGAGCCACAGACUUAUAUUCAUACAUGCUAAUCUUCGACUGUCUGGUGUCUAUGGCUUUAAAAACAGACAUGUACUGUUGCUAUUUUUAAACCCCAUCUUAUAAAAGUUGGACAGUGUAAAUGGUUCCACUUUUGGCUUUUUUCAUAAUUGCCCCUGAUUUGAUAAGACAUAUGAUAUCUCUAUGAAGAGCACUUUUCUGUCAUAUUCAUGGCUUUCUCAUAGGUCUGAAGUUUCCACUGCACCAAAACCAGAUGUGCAUUAAUAACAGUGCAAAUGUUCUGCUUUAUCAUUAUAAACUCUGGCAUACUUUAUCUUUUUUCUUGUCACUAAUUGUCGGACAGCUUUUGCCAAAUCUUUUGCAAACAAGUCACAGAAAAAAAAGUAAAAGUAAAUAAGAUAUUUGAAGAGUGUAAGGUGUAUUUAAAUGACAUGGUUCCAAAAAGACAAUGUAUAACUUCAGGUGUCAUCAAAAAGAAGAUAUGAACAAAUCAACCUGUUUUCUACCACACCUGGAAAACGACUACAAGCAUGUUCAUGCAGGAGAAGAAAGGAGAGGUGGAGUCUAUGAGAAGAUGAUCAGCUGACUUAUGACCUCCUGUACCCAACUAGAUUAGUUGAGCAAUUUUACUCACAGAAGGUUAAUUCUCAGACUGCCUGAUCUGAUCAUUUGGUACAGUCUGAGGGGCUGACAGGAUCUAGAGGGUCCCAGCAUAGAGCUCUCAGAAAUGAAUUCAUACAAGAAAGAGAGCAAUUUAUUCAAAAACAUAGCUGAUCUUAUAUAAGAUAUGAGAUAGACAGUCAUUAUUAUGAUAUCAAAUGUCAUGGUUUUUAAAAACAGACAUUUAAAACCCUGGUCCACGCCUUCAUCACCUCAAGGUUAGAUUACUGCAACAGCCUCCUGUACGGUCUACCCUCCAAACUCCUCAACAAACUACAGAUAGUCCAGAAUUCUGCCGCACGCCUCCUUACCCACACCCGCUCACAAGACCACAUCACCCCUGUCCUCCUCCGUCUACACUGGCUCCCCAUCAAGCAACGCAUCACAUUCAAGAUCCUCCUUCUCACCCACAAAGCCCUUCAUCAUCAAGCCCCUUCUUAUCUCACCGACCUGCUCCAGCCUCAUGCACCCACCCAUAACCUCCGAUCCUCCUCUGCCCAUCUCCUCACCCCAAAGUCACGGCCCAAGCACUGAACCUGGGGGGAUCGGGCAUUCUCCACAGCUGCCCCUACCCCCUGGAACUCCCUACCACCCUCCAUCAGACACUGCCCUGACCCCACUACUUUCAAAUCCCUUUUAAAAACUCACUUCUUUAAAAUUGCUCUUAAUAUUUAACUGUUUUAUUUUACUGUUCUCAUGUCUCUGUUUUAUUAUCUUGGGU